AUGUAGACCUAGACACUGUGGUGGUUUAGGUAUAAUAAAUUUGAGAAUCAUGAAUAAAGCUCUUUUAGGUAAAUGGCUUUGGAAAUGGUUUGAUGGAAGGCCUGGCAUUUGGAAACAAAUUAGUUUUUACAAAUAUUUUGAAAAGAAAAGCUGGACAGAUUAUAUUCAUUCUGGGAGAAAACUUCUAUCAUGCUUUUGGAGAAAUUUUAGUGUUAAUUUUGAAAGUUUUCUAUGCAGUUCUCAGGUGGAAGUUGGAAAUGGAAACCAUACUUUGUUUUGGCUGGACAAAUGGUGCUGAAAGAGUCUCUGCUCGAGCUGCUAGACUGAAGGAGAGGCGGAAAAAGAGGAAUGCUGUUAGCCUCCAAGCUGCUGGAGUGGCCAGAAAUGAAGAUAGAAAUGUGGAGAGUUUGGUGAUUCAGCUAGAGUGAUGAGAUACAAAAGGUGCAGCUGUGAUGUUUUUUGUUUUCUAAAACUAAAAACUCAGUUACAUUGUGAACUGCUCUUCUUUUGGUCUUUUGUUAGAUCUUUUUUUAUCUUCCCUCUUUUGAGUAUGUACAGAGGGGUGGUGUUUUUCUUCUUUGUAUGUAGUUGCUGAUAUGGACUGUAAUACUCACUCUUGGUUGGGGGUGAGUAUUUUAUGUAACAACCAUUUUUGUUAAUUUAGCUGGCUGGAUUACCUUUGUGGUAA